GUCCCCAAUCCUACUAUUCGCCUUUCCGCACCCACUUCGGUCGCCUUCCGAUUCGAACCUCCCCCAAAUCCGCAGCAGUCGACAGGAGGCGAAGCCACCGCGAUGGCCCGUACCAAGCAGACCGCCCGCAAGUCCACCGGCGGCAAGGCGCCCCGCAAGCAGCUCGCCACCAAGGCGGCGAGGAAGUCGGCGCCGACCACCGGCGGAGUGAAGAAGCCCCACCGCUACAGGCCCGGGACCGUCGCCCUCCGGGAGAUCCGCAAGUACCAGAAGAGCACGGAGCUGCUGAUCCGCAAGCUGCCGUUCCAGCGCCUGGUCCGCGAGAUCGCGCAGGACUUCAAGACCGACCUCCGCUUCCAGUCCCACGCCGUGCUGGCCCUCCAGGAGGCGGCCGAGGCGUACCUCGUCGGGCUGUUCGAGGACACCAACCUGUGCGCCAUCCACGCCAAGCGCGUCACCAUCAUGCCCAAGGACAUCCAGCUCGCCCGCCGCAUCCGUGGCGAGAGGGCCUAAGCCGUCCUCCCCGUCAACGCCGUUAGUGGAUCGGAAGUGGAAUGUGUUGCUUCCGGUUGUAGUUUGUUCCUAAUUGCCGUGCUAGGUCUAUCUUCUUUUGUGUAGAAGAAAUAUGGUUGUUGGAGUAAGACGAACUUGAUAUGUGAUGAUGUUCCUUCUGGUUUGCGAUGAAGCAAACGUAUGUUUAUGAUGCAGACCUCAGAACCAUUGUUGUAGGCAGCAUCACUGCUGUCGUCGUGUGUGAUUGUUUGCUGUUUUUCUGAGUUGUUUUCA